CAUUAGAAAAGAACUAUAUUGUAUAGCACCACUGUGGGAAGAUUUAAAUGGAGAUCUCGAUUUCCGCAAUCAUCUUGACAUUACUAUUUGCAUUUUGUAUUGUCAAGUUGUUUCUUUUUACAAAAGGGCGUAUGCAAAUAUGGGAAGCACUUAAAACCUUUCCUGUUCCUGAAGAACGCCCGUUGCCAGUUGUUGGGCAUGCUCAACUUUUUCGAGGAGAUGUCAUCCAAUUGUAUCAAAAUAUUUUAGCUGUUGUAAAGUCAAAUAUAUUGGACAAGGGAAGGGAGGUUACCCUUGUCUGGCUUGGUGGAUAUCCAGUAGUAUUGGUCGCUGGUCCAAAUGCUGCAGAAGUUAUUUUGCAUAGUUCAAAACACAUUCAGAAGUCAUUUUUCUAUAAGUUCCUGCAUCCUUGGCUUGGAACCGGAUUGCUUACUUCAUCUGGAGAUAAAUGGAAAGCCAGAAGACGUCUUUUGACACCAACUUUCCAUUUCAGCAUUUUACAAGAUUUCCUUGAAGUGAUGAAUGAGCAAUCAAUGACAUUUGUCAAAUUGCUCGAAAAAUAUGCCGAAAAUGAUCAGGAAUUUGAUAUAUUCAAGCCCAUUACUUUGUGUGCAUUGGACAUCAUCUGUGAAACAGCAAUGGGAAAAUCAGUGGAUGCACAAGUUAAUGACCAUUCUGAUUACGUUACUGCUAUUUAUAGGAGCUCUGAACUUAUUCAAGACCGCCAGCGUUCACCAUGGCUAUGGCCAGAUUUUUUGUUUUACUUAUCAAAGAAAGGAAGAGAGUUCGAUAAACAUAUUAAUGUUUUGCAUUCCACAUCUCAAGGAAUUAUAUUGGAUCGUAUGAAAACCUUCAAAGCCGGGGAACAAGCAAAAUCAGACAAAAAACGAAGGCUUGCAUUCUUGGAUAUGCUAUUGAAUGUAUCUCAAGAUGGGACAGUACUCUCCUUUAGUGAUAUUCAGGAGGAAGUUGAUACUUUUAUGUUUGAAGGCCAUGAUACAACAGCUGCUGCAAUGAGUUGGGCUUUACAAUUAAUUGGCUCACAUCCUGAAGUUCAGAAAAAACUUCAAGAUGAAGUUGACCGUGUGAUGGGUGAUGAUGAAAACAAACAACUGACAAUGGAAGAUAUAAGAAAGCUUGAAUAUCUGGAACUGGUUAUAAAGGAGUCAUUGAGAAUGUUUCCUUCUGUUCCCAUGUUUGGAAGAACAACUAGCCAUGAUUGUGUUUUGGAUGGACAUCAUGUUCCAGCUGGAACUGAAUGUAUACUUUUCACCCAGGUGAUCAAUAGGAAUUCCAAAAAUUGGUCUCAUCCGACUACGUUCGAUCCAGAAAGAUUCACCACUGAGAACAGUGAUGGCAGACAUCCUUAUAUGUAUUUACCAUUUUCGGCUGGACCAAGAAACUGCAUUGGACAAAGGUUUGCUCUUAUGGAAGAAAAGGUCAUGAUUGCUCAAUUCCUGCACAAAUUUUCCAUAAAAUCAUCCAAAUGUACUGAAGAUCUUGUGAUGAUGGCUGAUCUUAUUCUUCGGCCUGCUGAUGGAGUAAAAGUGAAAAUAUCAAGAAGAGUUAAGAAUUAUUCAUUGUUGACUUGGUGCGGAGUUCAGCUGCAAUUUCUUCAAUGUAAUUCUUCACUUUUCCGUGGUGUUGUUUUUAAUAAGUUUUUUGUUUUCCUGUGUACAAUAACACAAAUCAUGGAAUUAACAAUAGUUACUAUAUUCUUUCUGAUGCUGAUAUUGGUUGCAACUAUAAAAUUUAUCAGAAACAAAAGAAGAAAAUCAGGUCAAUUUAAAGGUAUUCCUGGGCCGAGUGGAUGGUCAAUCCCCAUUCUUGGUGAAGCUUUGAGAUUUCGCGGAAGUCGAGACGAGAUAUUCAAGAAAUUCACUGAGUUGACUCUGAAAAAAAUUGUCCCUACCAAAGCUGAGCUUGUUCAUUUCUACAUUGGACCAAUUCCUCUUCUCUUUAUCUUAAGUCCUGUUGUUGCCGGUGAAGUGCUGAGAAGCAAUAUUUUAAUCAAGAAAUCUUAUUUCUAUUCAUUUCUACACUCAUGGCUUGGAACUGGACUUAUCACUGGUGGAGGCCAGAAAUGGAAAAUAAGGAGACGUUUGAUUGACCCAGCUUUUCACACAGGUGUUUUGCAGAACUUCUUAGGUGUGAUGAAUGAACAAUCAAGAAUUUUUAUUUCUCUUCAAUGUGAACGAGCAUCAUCUCAAGAAGAAUUUGAUAUUUUCGAAUCCAUUACUUUGUUAUCACUUGACAUAAUCUGUGAAACAGCAAUGGGGAAACGUUUGAAUGCCCAACAAAAUCAACACACAGAGUAUAUCAAAGCAAUUCAUGGGGUGAAUGAAGCAAUACAGGAGCGACAGAAAUCGCCUUGGCUCUGGCCAAACUUCAUUUUCAAGCUGAGUUGGAGUGGAAGACAAUAUUACAAAAACCUAAAAAUUCUACAUAAUUUUACACGAUCAGUUUUAAAGGAUCGGGCUGCUGAUUUUGAUGCAGAUAACUUGAAGUAUUGCAAAAGAUUGGCAUUUCUUGACAUGUUGUUGAAAGAAGAACAAAGGGGGAAUAUUACGAAAGAAGGGGUGGAAGAGGAGGUGGAUACCUUCAUGUUUGCAGGUCACGACACUACUGCUACAGCUAUUUCAUGGGCAAUACAUUUGAUUGGUCAUCAUGCUGACAUACAACAGAAAUUAUUUAAUGAACAAAAUGAUAUAUUUUGCGGGAAUAAUAAACGUGAUGUUACUGCAGAGGACAUAAAAAAGAUGUCGUAUCUCGAUCUUGUUAUAAAAGAAUGUUUGAGGAUGUUCCCCUCUGUUCCUGUUAUCGGCAGAACUAUAGAAACUGAGUGCAUGAUUGGUGGCCACAAAAUACCAGUAGGUACAGAAUGUAUCAUCCUCACGCAUAUUAUAAAUAAUAAUGAGAACUUCUGGGAAGAUCCAACAAGAUUCAACCCAGAACGAUUUGAUACUGAUAAUUCAGUUGGACGGAAUCCUUACGCGUAUAUUCCAUUUUCUGCUGGUCCAAGAAACUGCAUUGGGCAACGAUUUGCUUUGAUGGAAGAAAAAGUUGUUCUGUCUCAUAUUAUUAGGAAUUAUAUCAUAGAAUCAACAGAAAAAACUGAAGGUUUGAAUAUUGUAGGUGAUAUCAUACUGAGAUCUAAAGAUGGUAUCAAGGUUCGAUUGAAAAUACGCCAUAUUUAAAUCUUCAUAAAAGAUUGUUUUUCGUCUGUGCAAUAUUAAAUUAUUUGUUACUUCUUUAUUUUGAAUGUGUUCAUUUCCUCUACCUACCUAUAAUCUGUUAUUCCUGCAAUGUUUUGAUGUGACAGUUGCAACUCCCUUUUUCCAUGAUUUCCAAGUUCAUGGUGCUGUCUAGUCAGUUUUCAAUUAACCUAAUGUUUCGUGUGUCCUAAAAUUUUUUGAAUGUGAAAAUAUUGUAUUACAAAUAUAUACUCAACAUUCAUUCAUCUCUUA